CCAGUAUUUCCUUACUGGUGUUUUGAGCUCACUUACCGGAUUAUUUUGCGUCGGACUGAAGUAGUUCGUCCCAGCAGCCACAACACUGGAGACUGAUUCACCUGUCUUCCACAGCAGCUCUGACUCACUCGAAAUUCCUUUCUCGGGGGAAAUGAGCCUUCACUGUGUAAACCUACUCAUUUUUGUGCACAGUUCUAGAACUCAUUAGAAUAAAUUGAGUGGUUUUUACCAUCCGUGCAGCCAUGAGCUACAUGCAGCAGCCGCAAUCGCGGCCAAUGUCGCAAGGCCAUUAUCAGGGAGGGCCUGGCGACUUGCCGGUUGGCUCAGUUAAAGAGCAAACCAUGAUGUGGCAACAGAAUAACUACAUGGGUGACUCUGGAAUUCAUUCCGGAGUUACAACCCAAGCUCCUUCCCUUACUGGCAAGGAGGAUGAUAUGGAAGGAGAUCAGCUCAUGUUUGAUCUGGAUCAAGGCUUUCCCCAAGGGUUUACCCAGGAGCAGGUUGAUGAAAUGAACCAUCAGCUGAGCCAGACCCGUUCACACAGGGUUCGAGCUGCUAUGUUCCCUGAAACAUUGGAGGAGGGUAUUGAAAUUCCAUCCACCCAAUUUGAUCAAGCACAGCCUACAGCUGUUCAGCGUCUCUCUGAGCCCAGUCAGAUGCUUAAGCACGCUGUUGUGAACCUCAUCAACUACCAGGAUGAUGCAGAUUUGGCUACUCGGGCCAUCCCUGAGUUGAUCAAACUGUUGAAUGAUGAGGAUCAAGUGGUUGUUUCUCAAGCUGCCAUGAUGGUGCACCAGCUAUCCAAGAAGGAGGCAUCUCGCCAUGCCCUCAUGAACAGCCCUCAAAUGGUGCAAGCAUUGGUCCGGGCCAUUUCGAACAGCAAUGAUUUGGAAAGCACAAAAGCUGCUGUGGGUACCCUGCACAAUUUGUCCCACCAUCGCCAGGGUUUGUUAGCCAUCUUUAAAAGUGGCGGCAUCCCAGCCCUUGUGAAGCUCUUGAGCUCCCCUGUGGAAUCUGUGCUCUUUUACGCCAUCACCACCCUGCACAACCUGCUCCUGCACCAAGAGGGCUCUAAGAUGGCCGUUCGCCUUGCUGGUGGUCUGCAGAAGAUGGUUGCUCUGCUCCAGCGCAACAAUGUGAAAUUCCUGGCUAUCGUCACUGAUUGUCUUCAAAUUUUGGCAUAUGGCAACCAGGAGUCUAAGCUGAUUGUCCUUGCAAGCCAAGGACCAGUUGAGCUUGUCCGGAUCAUGCGCUCAUAUGAUUAUGAAAAGCUGCUUUGGACCACCUCCCGUGUAUUGAAGGUCCUGUCUGUGUGCUCAAGCAACAAGCCCGCCAUUGUUGAGGCUGGUGGUAUGCAAGCUCUAGCCAUGCACCUUGGACAUUCAAGCCAGCGUUUGGUGCAGAACUGCUUGUGGACCCUGCGUAAUUUGUCCGAUGCUGGAACUAAAGUUGAUGGCUUGGAAGGACUCUUGCAAAGUCUUGUAACCUUGUUGGGAUCCUCUGAUGCCAAUGUUGUGACGUGUGCCGCUGGAAUUCUUUCUAACCUGACUUGCAACAACCAACGCAACAAAGUUACAGUUUGCCAAGUGGGAGGAGUUGAAGCAUUAGUGCGCACAAUUAUGUCUGCUGGAGAUCGAGAGGAGAUCACUGAGCCAGCGGUUUGUGCUCUCCGACACUUGACAUCUCGCCAUGUUGAGUCCGAGAUGGCUCAGAAUGCUGUGCGCAUGAACUACGGCAUUCAGGUGAUUGUGAAGCUGCUUCACCCUCCUUCAAGGUGGCCUCUGGUGAAGGCUGUCAUCGGUCUGAUCCGGAACCUUGCUUUGUGUGCUGCCAACCACACCCCUCUCCGAGAACAUGGAGCUAUUCACCAUUUGGUUCGCCUUCUGAUGCGAGCGUUCCAGGAUACUCAAAGGAGAUCCUCGGUAGCCAGCAGUGGAAGUCAGCCGCCUGGCGCUUAUGCAGAAGGGGUUAGAAUGGAGGAAAUUGUGGAAGGCACAGUUGGAGCUUUGCACAUUUUAGCCCGUGAAUCGCAUAAUCGCACAGUGAUUCGCAAUCAGAUGGUGGUCCCCAUAUUUGUUCAGCUGCUCUUUAAUGAGAUCGAAAACAUCCAGAGAGUUGCUGCAGGUGUUCUCUGUGAGCUUGCAGCAGACAAGGAGGGGGCUGAGCUGAUUGAACAGGAGGGAGCCACAUCUCCCUUGACAGAACUGUUACACUCUCAGAAUGAGGGAGUUGCCACAUAUGCUGCGGCUGUGCUCUUCCGCAUGUCGGAAGACAAACCCCAAGAUUACAAGAAGCGUCUUUCCAUGGAACUGACGAAUUCUCUCUUCAGAGAAGAUCAGAACAUGUGGAAUGGUGACUUGGGCAUGACUCCAGAAUUGCAGGACAUGCUUGGACCCGAGCAAGUCCAGAACUAUGAUGGUUUGUAUGGCCAAGGCCCUCCUAGUGUGCACAGCAGCCAUGGCGGAAGGCAGUACCAACAGCCAGGGUAUGACGCGAUACCCAUAGAGUCCCUGCAAGGACUUGACAUCGGCUCCCAUCAUGGAGCAGGAGGAAGCGGAUCCACUUACGGACCCAUGGAUGAUGCCAUGGAUGUGGGCCAGAACUCUGCUGACCUCGACUUCGAUCAUUUGGAUGAACUUCCCCAGCCUCCCCAAGACAACAACCAGGUGGCUGCGUGGUAUGACACAGACUUGUAAUUUUCUUCCUUUCUAUUACAUGAUCUGGGCCCAACCCUCCUACUAGGUUUAUUUAGAACUGGAAUUCGUCAAAUUGAACCCAAACUUUCAGUUAUAAUUGUUCCUUAGAAUAACGUAAGUGUAAAGAACUUUCACUUUAGUUGGACUUCAUUUCAUUUUAUUGAUUAAUGACCUAUUGACUUACGGCCAACAUCCUGUAACCAUGUGAUGUGAAGGUGUCAGUGAUUGCCAUAUCCCAUUUGUUUCCUCAAGUUCACAUACACCAUCAAUUAAUCAGAUCCAUUCUCAUUGUCAUUUUAUCUUUUUUUAUAGCCUAUUCCAUUCCUUAUCCAUAUGCAUGGAUCAUUAGAAUUUUCAUACAUAUUUCCAUGAUACUUGUACGUGUCAUUAUGAAAGACAAAUUAGUGAAUACAGUAUACUGUUAAUUUAUGUGUGUGUAAGCGGUAUAAUUUACAAGCAAUUCACAGUGUGAUUGUAUUUUAACAGCAUGUAUUGUUUUUGAUGUAUUGUAUUUUAUUCUGUUUUUAUUUGGGUUUCUUAUCAUUCAGAGCAGCUAAUGAGACCAGACUUUGAUUUUAAUGUUGUUUAUUUUUGAACCAGACAAAAUAUUUUCUUUUAGCCUUGUUAUUGUUGUUUUCACCCUGUCGAAGUGGGCGUAAAUUUUCAAUUAUUUUUAACAGAAUCAAAAGCCAUUAAUGUGGUUGAAUGUGACUUAAUAUUCUGCCAUUUCUAAUUUAGCACAAUGCUUGUGCAUCUGUAGUUUAUUUAUUUGUGGCAGUAUUAGUGGCCGUCUUGUGGAAACUUCCAUCAAUUUACUAGAACUGUGUUGUAGAUGAUUUUUUCUGCCUGAGGCAUAAGAACAAUUAACUUAAGCAUUAUAUUAGAAAGUGAAAUCUGUACAUUACAUUUAUUGCACAAGGUGACCUAGUGGUGUGUCAUCAAAAUUUUAAUCAUGGUACGGUCAAGUGAUUGUUUUUAUGAAUGUUUGAAUAAGAUGCAUUCUUAAGUACAAGCAGGAGUUAUGAUUUGUCAAUGAUUGUGUACCCUCAAUGCAUACUCAGAGAUACAAUGAACCAUUCAUAUUCAUUAUUAUUAUUUAUCAGACUAAAGUUAGUCGGUGCGUGAAACUAGAAAUGGACUUUCGCAUCCUCUCUAGUGGUAACUGAGAGCUUGAGUAAGUCAUGGAGUAGUGUUUGAGACAGGGCUGCAAUUUGAGUCUAUUAGCGAACACUGAGCAAGAGAGCAGAGAACAAAAAUGCAAUUAGUCUUCUUCAUUGCUAUGGUAUACUCAGAUCAUUUUUAUUCCAUGUAUUCCUAUGUAUCACAUCAUCCAUUCCUGUUUACCAUCUUAAUGAGUUCCGCAUUUCUACAUGUGGCCCAAGACUUAAGCCAGACUCAAUUUUAAUUAUGCCUCACCUUCCGAAAUAUUUCAAUGGACUGAAACCUGAAAAGUAGAGGUUUAAAUAUACUGUAAGUUCCCUUUC